GUUCAUUUACAGGAGGUGGGUGUGCAUCUGUCAUAUGCUUGCUUCCUCUCGCGGUGUAAGCUUAUAGAUGAUUCUAGCUGAUACCUAUUGCUGCUUGCACCAUCUGGGACCCUAUUUCUUUGAUUUUAAUCAAGAUAUUCAAGCCUGAACAUUAAUCAAGAGUGAGAAGGUCAGUACUGAGAGUUUUCAAGCAGUUUGAUUGAAAACAGAAGUAUUUUUUUUCUGAAGUCAAGCUUAAUCAAGGAAUGUCAACAGCUAUCUUGGUUUCCCUUGUAAGGAAUGGACGGUGUCAAGUGAAAAGACGAGCACUGCUGACAUUAUGCCUUCUGCAAGAAAAUAGUUGCACUACUUCAACCAGACACUGCUUCUCCAUUAACCGCAGGUGUUUCUCUGCACGUUUUGACUUGGAUGGCAGUGGGCGUCCUGCCACUUGGGAUUCAUUUGGUAUUUGGGACAAUAGGAUUGAUGAGCCUAUUCAGCUUCCACCCAGCAUAAAGUAUGGCAAGCUCAUUCCUCGCAUCAAUCUUUCUAAAGUUGGCUGCUCAACUCAGUUGGGAAAGAGGAAGGAAAAUGAGGACAGGUUUAAAUUGGCCCGCCUGACACCAGAUGUAUUAUAUUUUGCUGUAUAUGAUGGCCAUGGUGGAGCUUCAGCUGCUGAAUUCUGUGAUCGAUUCAUGGAGGAUUAUAUCAAAGAGUUCCUUGUUGAGGAGCAUGAUAUGGAAAAAGUUCUGGUGAAGGCCUUCCUAGAAACCGAUAAAGCAUUUGCAAGGCAUGCUCAUCUUUCUGUUAAUGCAUCUCUUUUGACCUGUGGAACUACUGCGACAGUGGCCUUGCUGCGGGAUGGGAUUGAGCUUGUGGUGGCAAGCGUUGGGGACAGUCGUGCACUUUUAUGUCGGAGAGGAAAGCCUGUUAAGCUCACUAUUGACCACACACCUGAACGAAAGGAGGAAAAACUAAGAAUUAGGGAAAGUGGUGGCUUUGUUACCUGGAACAGCCUUGGGCAGCCCCAUGUGAAUGGCAGACUUGCAAUGACCCGAAGUAUAGGGGAUCUGGACCUGAAAACCAUGGGAGUUAUAGCUGAACCUGAAACCAAACGAAUAAAGCUGCAACACGCAGAUGAUGGUUUCCUGGUGCUGACUACUGAUGGCAUAAAUUUCAUUGUGAACAGUCAGGAAAUCUGCGAUAUUAUUAACCAAUGCCAUGAUCCCAAAGAAGCAGCGCAGGUGCUCACUGAGCAGGCUAUACAGUAUGGCACAGAAGAUAACAGCACUGCUAUUGUCGUCCCAUUCGGGGCCUGGGGAAAGCACAAGAGCUCUGAAGUGAGUUUCUCCUUCAGCCGUGGCUUUGCAUCAAGCGGGAGAUGGGCUUAAUCCGACUACUGGAACUGUACAUCUUGGCAUAGGGCCAUUGUACCCAUAGCACAACAUGUGUGUGACUCUGCAUUUAUAUAUAUAGUUGGCUUUCCAAUAUGGUAUUUUGGUUGAGGUCACUCCAUCUGUGGACGAGAAACAUGACUCUGGUUCAAAUUAUCCCAGCUUAUGUAUGAAUACGAACCCUUAGGUGGACUAUUGUGAGUUUAAGGAAAAGGGAACAAACGGUUUUGUUAAAUAAGGUCGGUACGUAAUGUGAAAAUUGUCAGAAUAAAGGCAAACCUUCCUUUCCUUCUAAUGUGAUUAUAAUGUAAAUAGUGGUGGGAUGCUUUCAUGCAUCUAAAAGGGAGACAUGAACUGUUACAUUUCACUACAGGAAUAUGAAUAUGUUGCACUCUCCCAGAAUUCCCUGACACAAGUAACUGUGGGGAUGCUGGUAAUUCUCUGGAACUCCAGAAUGCAAAACCUGUCCUACAUUAACUCUGCACAGUAUAAUAUUUUGGCACAAACAAGUGCAGCACUUUAAUGCUCAUGUUGCACUGCAGCAGUGAUUCUUUCUUUGUCUUAUUAUUUAUAUAACAUGGCUGUCUGAGCUCUGAAAUUUUGAAAUGAUCUGUAAAUUGUGUGUAAUUUUCUGUACAUAGCAAAUACCUUUUAAUUGGUAAGUCAAGAGUAGUAUUGUCAAUUGUGCUCUUCUCACUAGCUGUCUGAAGUCUUAGGGCUCUGGCACACGAGGCGAUUUGUCGCCAGCGAUUUUUAAAAGAGCGAUUUGGAGACAAGACGAGCGACAAGACGCCAAUGCUAAAUCAAUUGAAAUCGCCAGCGUCAAAACAUACGAGGCUACUUCAAAUCGCCUGCUGUUUCAAAUCGCACACAGACCCUUUUCUGAGCGACUUGAGUAAACAUGAGGGGGGGUUAACUGUUGAGUGUACCAUGGGUAGCAGAUCGCCUGGAGCUCAACUCGCAUGAAAUCUCUUCGUGGGUAUUGUCGUGGCGACUUGUCGCCAAAGCGCCAGGGGGAAAAAACGCAGGCGACAAAUCUCCUUGUGUGCCAGAGCCCUUAGGGAAGCUGAAAGACAGGCUCAGGGGUCACCACAGGGAAUGUUGUUGGGUGUUACUAUAAUUCAUACCUAAUCUCCUCAUAAUACUUACUGGGUCCUGCAGUCACACUUUUUGGGACAAGUGAAACAUUAAGCAAAAAUGACUUACUGAACAGGGAUAGAGGGAACCUUAAGCAUUUCUUAUGUUGCAGAGCUACAAACCCCCGCAUGCCUCUAGCGGACGUGUUGGUGGAUGAAAGCUGGAAUUAGUAACUCUGCAACAGCUGUAUGCCAAAGGUUACUCUUUCCAUUGAGUGUCAGAGUAAUUAUUCAGUCCACUGUAUUGUAUUGUAUAAACUGGCAUACAAAUGUAUAUGAAAGGUUGAUAAUUAGGAAAAAAUAGUAAACACACACCUGUAUUUGUUUGUUCUUGCAAUUAUAGCACAGGUCUGAUUUUCAGUAUUGCACUAGAGCAGCGAUCCCCAACCAGUGGUCUUGAGCAAGUUUCUCACCACCCCUUUUGAUGUUGCUCCCAGUGCCCUCAAAGUAGGUGCCCAUUUUUAAAUCUCUGGCUUGGAGACAAUAUUUAGAAGCACAGAGACACAGUUUUACUCCAAGCAGAGCCUCCUGCAGGCCAGCAGCCCACAUAGCUUAUGACAGCCAUUAUUUUACAUUCUCAAAUAAAUUUUCAUGCUUGUGUGGCUCACCAACACUUUUUACAUCCGAGUGUGGCUCACAAGCAAAAAAGGUUGGGGAUCGCUGCACUUGAGAAAACAUAAGCUAGCCACAUGUUAAAACAUUGCCCUGUGAUUUUCUGUGGCAAGAUUGCACUGAUCCAAUGGGCAGAACUACCAGAUCACACAGGAAGCAUGUAAGAGGUUUGCUGACUCUGAUUUUGUAUCAACCAAUGACUUACCAUUAUACACCAGUGCAGUAAGCACAAAAAUCAGGGGCACUUGAAAAUAUCUAAAUCCAAUGUCAAAUAUGUAUAUAACACAUGUAAUCAGUUGAAAGCAAUAACCAGUUGCAGUACCCCAGAUGCUCAGCAAAAGGAGUGGAAAUCUGUUUGUCUACAAAAACAGGACCUUUAUUAAAGGAGAAGUCAAAAAUCACUCUGGUGUGCCAAAAGUUAGGCACCUACCCCCAGUGAUUGUAUUCACUGAUUGGAUGUAGUAUAUAAUUUGUUUGCAAUUGGUGCAGCCCAGCAGCACACUGUUGUCUUAAAGGAAAGUCACAAUGACUUGGGGUGCCAAUAGUAGGAUUAUAUUUACUUAAUUGACCCCUGACCGGUGCUCGUUAGCAGAAAACUGCCCAAGCCUGGGAUUCUCCCACCAAGCACCAUGGAACGAUCCUCUUCUAGCUUCUUCUUUGUGCAGGUACACAUGCACAGUAAAGUGAAAAGCCAAACUUUUUAACUAGUCUUAUGACUAAUUAAAAUAAAAAGUCAUUGCAACCCAAGUCAUUGCAACUUUCCUUCUCCAUUAGGGACAGUAUCUUCACUGACAGAGUGUUGCUGGGUUGCAGCAAUUGCAAAUAAAUUGUAUUUAAACUACAUGCAAUCACUGGGGCCCAUGAUCAGGAUAACCUUACACAUAAGGCAAUCAAUUGUCAGAAAUUUCAGUUCCAAUCACUCCGAAUGGUCCCACAAAAGCCCCAUAAAGUGGGCAACAGUAAACUGGUGUCAAAGAAAUGCAGUGGUGAAGCAUCUUACUCUUUCUGUGUGUCGCCAGCUAUUUUCUAACUUUAUUACUCUGUGUGUGGCCAUUGGCUCACUGUGAGCUGUUUUUUUCCACUGGGAAUAAAGUUUUGAUCAGAUGUUGUGCACUUUUUAUCCACCGAUAUUGUAAAAUGAACUUUUGAACAUAAAGAAUUGUAUGAUUUUUCCUGUAUAUAAAGUUGUAUAUAGGGAUAUGUGAAUUUGUAUGGAAUAAACUAUGCCUAAUAUAA